GUCUUUGGCGGAUUGCACGUCGCGCUUGGUACGUUCUUGCAGGUUGCGGAACUCAGCAACGGAACGCAGGUACUUGUCCUGGAGGCGUGAGACGCGUUAGCUGCUGUGCUGACUAGGCGGGCGAUGCUGCGAUGCUGUUUUGCUUCUGCGACUAUGCGGGCCAGAUGGAGAGGGCUUCCAUCGCACUCCGCACGCGUCGAUCACGGCAGUGCAGAGCUCAACGAGCUCUCUCCGUAGCUUCCGUGGCGGCGGUGGCACCAACCUUCAGGUCAACGACUUCCUUGUUCUUGGUCUCAGCGUCCUUUUUGAGCUUCUCGAUCUCGGCCGACUCGCCCUCCUUGGGCGCCGCCUCAGCCUCGCUCUCCUUCUUCUCCGUCGCCUCGGCCGAGUACCAGCGCGGCGCCGCGGCGACGGCUAUCCUGGGUGCGGCGACGCGGAAGGCGGACGGGGCGGGGGUCACGCGAGCGCCGAAGGCGCGGGAGUUCCUGAGGAGGGCGCGCUGCAGCAUUGUGGAGGAGAAUGGGUCGGGGGAGGAAUUGGAUUGGUGGUGGUGGUGAUGGGUGUGGUGAGUGAUGGGAGCUCUGAGAAAUUUACAGUACAAACUUUAUUGUUCGUGUCAUUGCGCGUCCUGGAGGCUUGCGUAGGUUGCUCAUAGGCUGCCGCAUCAGCUAGCC